GGCUGCUGUCAGAAUCUAGGCCCUCCCCUGACUUGCUCCAUACCUGGUUAGGGGAGAGAGGGGAGGAAAGCCAAGGGAAGGGACCUGGGUGAAAACAGACGAGCUGGGAGAAGCAGGAGUCCGCGUCGGGUUUUUGCAGAUGCAGAGGUUGAGGUGGCUGCAGGACCGGAAGUCGUCAGGCAGAGGUCUCGCAGCAGCCAGUAAGUGAACAGCCAGACUUGGACUGCCUGGGAGGCAGGGAGAAGGGGGCAGGGGAACGGUCAGCUGGCCAGCCGAGAAGCGAGGCCCCAGAGGAGCCCUGGGGUGGGGCGCAGCCGAGGACUCUGUUCCCUUUCCUGGACUCGGCUUCCACAGGCCCUGACCUGCCUCCCCCACCCUCCUCGGUCCUGCCCCUGUGCCUGGCAGCAGCCCCACCUCUGUGACACCCCAGCACCCCCACUCUUGCCUUGCAAAGGAGAAGGAAACGGCCCAGAGGAGGCCAGGGGCCCACCUGGGCUGAGUCUGUGGAGAGGGAGUGGCUGGGACAGAAGGAAAGAGAGAGACGGAGCUUAGAUGGAGGGAGAGAGAUUUUGAGACACUGCAAGACAGAGAUACAGUCAGAGACUGACUGAGACACAGAGAUAGAAGGAAUUAGAGAAAGGGCCACCCAGAGCCAGAUGGAGAGAGAAGUGUGGAGGUAAAGACAGGGACAUGGACAGAGAACGGCAGACAGACACGUAGAGACAGAAAGAGAAAAAUCACACAUGCACACAAAGUCAGAAUUACCAAAUGACAGGGAAUGACCCAUGGGGCGAGAGGCAGAUUCAGAGACUCGGCGCAGGGAACGGAAGGCUUCAGGCAGGCAGACAGACAGAGGGAUGCCGAGACGCAGGGAGAAGAGGGGCUUGGAGAGGUGGCACAGGCAGGCAGGCAGGAGGGCCCCCACACACACCCCGCCCCAGGGCAUUAAGGCAGGGCUUGGAGGCCAGUCAUCCUGGGCCCGCCCGGGGCCACCCCCCGCCUGCCCGCCUGCCUGGUGCCUGGCACCUGGCACUCCAACUCAACUUACCUGCUGCAGCCGCCGCGGCCACCACCGGGCCCCCAGAGCCCCAGCCCCAGAUCCCGAGCAGGUGCGGGAGAAAGGAGCGGGCAGGAGCCAGCCCCCGACUUCCCCGUCAAGUCAAGUGAUGCGGCCAUGUUCCUCCUUGUUCCCAGAGGAACCUGGGGCCCGCCCCUCCCCACUCCAGGCCAUGAGGAUUCUGCAGUUAAUCAUGCUUGCUCUGGUGACAGGACUCGUAGCGGGAGAGACCAGGAUCAUCAAGGGGUUUGAGUGCAAGCCUCACUCCCAGCCCUGGCAGGCAGCCCUGUUUGAGAAGACGCGGCUGCUCUGUGGGGCAACCCUCAUCGCCCCCAGAUGGCUCCUGACAGCAGCCCACUGCCGCAAGCCCCGCUACAUAGUUCACCUGGGGGAGCACAACCUCCAGAGGCGGGAAGGCUGUGAGCAGACGCGGACAGCCACCGAGUCCUUCCCCCACCCUGGCUUCAACAACAGCCUCCCCAACAAAGACCACCGCAAUGACAUCAUGCUGGUGAAGAUGGCAUCGCCAGCCUCCAUCACCUGGGCUGUGCGACCCCUCACCCUCUCCUCAAGCUGUGUCACCGCUGGCACCAGCUGCCUCAUUUCCGGCUGGGGCAGCACAUCCAGCCCCCAGUUGCGCCUGCCCCACAGCUUGCGAUGCGCCAACAUCACCAUCAUUGAGCACCAAGAGUGUGAGCACGCCUACCCCAACAACAUCACAGACACCAUGGUGUGUGCCAGCGUUCAGAAAGGGGGCAAGGACUCCUGCCAGGGUGACUCCGGGGGCCCUCUGGUCUGUAACCACUCUCUUCAAGGCAUUAUCUCCUGGGGCCAGGAUCCGUGUGCGAUCACUCGAAAGCCUGGUGUCUACACCAAAGUCUGCAAAUAUGUGGACUGGAUCCAGGAGACAAUGAACAACAAUUAGACUGGACCCACGCACCACGGCCCAGCAUCCGCCAUGUCUGCUUGGUGAUUGGUUCCUGUUCUCUCUGCUACUAAGAAGCCCUAAGCCAAGACCCUCUGUGAACACUCUCUGGGCCUCCUGUACUACAGGAGAUGCUGUCACUGAAUAAUCAGCCUGGGGUUUGAGAUCAGUGAGACCUGGAUUCAAAUUCUGCCGUGAACUAUUGUGACUCUGGGAAUGAUAACAGCUGGUUUGUUCGCUAUUGUGUCCCCAGUCCUGAAGACAGCUCCUGGCAUAAAUCGAGGUUUCAAUAAACAUCCCUAAAUGA